AUGGCUUCAAAGGACGCUGCCCCGGAGGAUAAUGUAAAACCCCUCAACUACCGGGAACAAUUUCAAGGCCGGCAUGCACCGUCGCAGUUCAUCGAUCCAUGUGAAGCCGCUGCAAAGGCCUCGCUGCAAUGCAUGAACCGCAAUGACUUUGCUCGCGACAAGUGCACGGACUACUUCCAAGCAUACCGUGAUUGCAAGAAGGCUUGGAUCGAGCAGCGAAAGGAAGAUCGGCGUGCUGGGCGACCUACAACAUAA